AUGGAGAGGCGGUGUUGGGAAUACUCAUCAAUGGGAAACGGGAAAAUAAAUAUUUUUAUAUCUUUCUUUUGUUCAGUGGACAAAUGCGAAACGAAAAGUUUCUGAAACAAACGACGGAAAAAGCUACGUCCGUUUGCGUCGUUUGUGAAGGAGACUAAUAUUACAAAAUUUUGCUCUUCUGUCUUGCUUAUAAGGUCUGCGUUUUCUGCAAUUAAGACUGCCACGAACGUUGUUAAGCAAAGAAUCAACGAUAAUUUUUUGGGGGGGAGUUUAGGGACACCCUCUAAUUCAUUUAUGUUCUACAAAAUAAAUAAAACAUUUUGUUCAAUGCGAGAACACAUAUGAAAAACGUAUGAGUAUAAAAAUUCUGAGAAAAACACCUGUACGUGGAAGAACACUGAUACUGCAGGAUAGAAUACAGAUUUUGUAGGAGAUGGACGAUUCAGAGAAGGGGGUUCACAGACCCAAUGGGAGAGAACAGAGAGAAUUCUUCCUGAGUCGGAAGAAGAACCUGGCUGUCAGUCUGCUGCUCCUGUGUGGGUGCUACACAGCUGUGCUCUAUCCGGCCUACUUCCCCAGGGAAGCCAAAGCCUGGAGACAGGACAGCUUGGCACAGAGGCGAGAGGAGGGGUUGCUGAACCGCUCGGCCGGCCUGCUGUCCAGAGCCUGCCGCCCCGGCUGGAGCCGAGAGCGCCUGAGGGCCGUGCACCCGGGCCGGCUGCCCCUGGCGGUCCCGGUGUUCCUGCGGGACGUGGGGGGCGAGCAGAGGCUGUCCCCUCCCCUGGGCCUGCGGGGCAGCGAGGAGCGGGCGGCCGCAGCCCUCGGGAGCCUGCCCCAGAGCGGGCUGCCCCCCUCGCUGGCGGCGGGCGGCUGCAGGCGCUGUGUGGUGGUGGGCAGCGGGGGCAUUCUGCUGGGGAGCCGCCUCGGGGACCACAUCGAUCAGCAUGACGUCAUCAUCAGGAUGAACAGCGCUCCGGUGUCUGGUUUUGAGAGAGAUGCUGGUUCCCGAACAACCAUCCGUCUGACAUACCCUGAAGGGGCCCCACACUCUCCCAGAGAGUACACCAACACCUCCCUGGUGGCCUUGGCUGUAUUCAAGAGCUCGGACCUGGACUGGCUCACUGGGGUGGUGGCGCAGAAGCCCCUGGGCUGGUGGACCAGGCUGUGGUUCUGGCAGGAAGUGGUGGACUCCAUACCCCUCCGCCCUGAGAACUUCAGGAUCCUGAACCCCGAGAUAAUCCGCGAGACACGCGAGGUGCUGCUGGGGCUCUCUGAGGCCCCAGGCCACCAGGGCAGUCAUUCCAAGAUGGUGCCCACCCUUGGGGCAAGUGCUGUUGUCAUGGCGCUGCAGCUGUGUGACGAGGUCAGCCUGGCAGGAUUUGGAUAUGACCUUCAGCACUCCGACACCCCACUGCACUACUACGAGUCCUUGCACAUGGACGCCAUUAAGGUCCAGGUUGUGCACGACGUAAGCAUGGAGAAAACGUUUCUGAGGGAGCUGGUGGGAGCCACAGUGUUGAAUGACCUCACUGGGGGCCUGACCUGACAGCACGCGGAACCAACCAGACACGUUAUUCCACAUUACGACAGGUUUAUGAAGUCUGGCUUCUGCAGGCUUGCCAGUUUACGUUGACCGAGGAACAACUUGACGUUCGUCAAGCCUUUAAAUGGAGAAAAAACUAUCACCCCGAAAAAACUGUCAGCUAACUCCACAUUUUUAAUGAAGAAUCAAGAUGAAACUAUUGAGGAAAGGUGAAGAAGCAAUCUUGCUUACACAUGAUUUCAAGUAGAAAAGGAAGCCAAGUGCUUGUUAUUACCUUCCAUGACUCUGGUACUCUCUUUAAAGGAGCUUCCACAGACCAAGCCAAGUACACUGCAGAGAUAAUAGCCUUCUCCAGUUUAGUACUCCUAAAAAAAAUCUAAAACACAAACCCACCCUUAAUGCAGAACGUGCAGUGCUGAUCUUAAAGACGAGUCUGGAAGGAAACUGCACCAGCUGCUCAGUGACCUGAAAACUGUUAAUGUCUCACUCCUGUAUACAGAAAGGCAGCAGGAGGACAAGUCCAAGGAUAUACAGAUAUUAAACUACAUUUACCUUGAGUAAAUGGCUAUUAAUCUUGAUCGAGAAAUGGACUUCAGCACUGAAAACAACUCAUCCUUGAAAAAAACAAACAAAGGUGAGAGAGCAGGCUAGGGGAAAUGUCUCACUGUUUCCAGUCAGCAGAGCGACGGUGCAGGUGACCUUUCACCAUGCUUCAGUUUAAAGUUUAUAUUUCGCUACGGAAAGAGCUAACUGUAUAUCCUGUACAGAAACCCCCUCUUCCUCCUAAGGAAAACACAAUAGUAUUCUCCACCCCUCCAGAUAGUAUGACUCCUGAUACUGCUUUUGACAUGCGUUCAACAUGACAUCUUUCUCUCCAUACUGAAAGGUUUCUUAAAAGUUAAAAAUACCCGUUUUAAGGGUCAGUCCAGAGCACAUAUGCAUGCUGGGACGUAAAAGAUUGUCCUUUUGAACCUUUUGGUCUUGGAAAGAAAAGAUCACGAGGGGAUCUGUUCCAAGUGUUCCAAAUCUUCCAAGGCAUUGGACAGCGUCAGUCCAGCGGACCUCAUCACAAUGAACAGUGAAACACAAACCAAAGGACAGAACUGGAAAAUACGUGGAAGUGUAUUUAAAACCAAGAACACAAAGCAUUUCUUCACCCUGAUCUACAAAGGGUUGUGGGAGUAUCGGUUGAGGCCGAUAUCCUGACUCCUUCAAGAAACAGAUGGAUGAGAUUCUCAGACAGUAUAAAAUAUGACCAAAUGCAUUAAAAUGAGCCUAAUAGCCUCCUUCAUUUGCAUCCACUCUUAUGUACAUGUAGCAUGUGCUGUCACCCAGACCUAUAUAGUGAUCUGCCUAUUCAGCCCAACUCAAUUUUUAUACCUGUACCAUGUUUACAAAUAUUAAAAAGUGGUCUCAAGAAUUUGCUACAAUAAAUCCUCAUAAUUGAAUUUUA